UAUCUAUCUCAUUCCCGCAUUCUGAUUGCCGGCGUAAACAGCUGAUUAGAGCACAAAACAAAUGCAAAGAGAACUCUAUAAGGAAGUGAAAAACGUGCGGAAAUUAUGUCGAAACCAAUUACGUUUGUAACGGGCAACGCCAAGAAGCUGGAGGAGCUGCUGGCCAUACUUGGGCCCUGCUUUCCGCGCACUAUAGUCUCUAAGAAGAUCGACUUACCCGAGCUGCAGGGCGAGAUUGAAGAGAUAGCGAAAAAGAAGUGCAGAGAAGCGGCGCGUCAGGUUAACGGUCCCGUGCUGGUCGAGGAUACGUGUCUGUGCUUUAAUGCGUUGGAAGGUCUGCCUGGUCCUUAUAUCAAAUGGUUUCUGGAGAAACUGCAGCCCGAGGGCUUGCAUCGUCUGCUCACAGGCUGGGAGGAUAAAGGUGCAAAGGCCAUUUGCACAUUUGGUUACUGCGAGAGCAGCGAAGCCGAGCCAAUGCUCUUCCAGGGCAUAACCAAGGGAACUAUUGUAGAGCCACGUGGAUCACGCGAAUUUGGCUGGGAUCCCGUGUUCCAGCCUGAUGGCUAUGACCAAACAUAUGCAGAGCUGCCCAAGGCCGAGAAGAACAAAAUCUCACAUCGUUAUAGAGCGCUGGCAGCGCUGCAGAAGCACUUUGAGCUGGAUUAACAUUAAUUUGUAUUUUGUUUUUAUAAAUUUACUAAGCAUAAGGUGAAUAUUAAACUCUUGUUCUAAAGCGUCGAGCACUUAAAGUGAAA